UCUUCAGGCCAGAUGACCUCCUCGCCCCUGGGCUCCCCCACAUCCCACCGAGGAAUGCACCCGUCUCUGCUCAGCCCGACGUCCAUGGGGCCCUCCGGCUCUCUGCACUCUCCCAUCAGCACGCUGAGUUCACCCAUGAACGGCAUGGCCUCGCCCUUCUCCGUCAUCAGCUCGCCCAUGGGCCCUCACUCGAUGAACUCGCCGGGCAUGGGCUACGGCCCCAGCGUCAGCCCCCAGCUGAACUCGCCGAUGCACUCGAUCAGCAGCACGGAGGACAUCAAGCCGCCGCUCGGUCUCAACGGUGUGAUGAAGGUGCCCGCUCAGCCCUCCAGCACGGCCCUGUCGCUCACCAAACACAUCUGCGCCAUCUGUGGUGACCGCUCCUCAGGUAAACACUAUGGGGUUUACAGCUGCGAGGGCUGCAAAGGUUUUUUCAAAAGGACGGUGCGUAAAGAUCUGACCUACACCUGCCGCGACAACAAGGACUGUGUCAUCGACAAACGCCAGAGGAACCGCUGUCAGUACUGUCGCUACCAGAAGUGUUUAGCCAUGGGCAUGAAGAGAGAAGCCGUUCAGGAGGAGCGCCAGCGAGCCAAGGAGAAGAGUGAGAGCGAGGUGGAGUCCACCACCUGCGCCAAUGAGGACAUGCCCGUGGAGAAGAUCCUGGAGGCCGAGCAGGCGGUGGAACCCAAGACGGAGACCUACAUUGAGACCAACCUUGGUGUGCCGUCUAACUCGGUGAGUCUGCAGUUCUAUGCAUUAUUCAGGAAACACAAAAGACCAGAGCUGUUCCAGAGUAACUUGAAAAAACUGAAUAGAGGAGAGUACCAGGAUGCACAAGAGUUCGCUGCAGAUGUCAGGUUAAUAUUUUCUAACUGCUACAAAUACAACCCUCCCGAUCAUGAAGUGGUAAUCGGGGCCAGAAAACUUCAGGGCGUGUUCGAAACGAGGUUCGCUGCAGUGCCGGACGAAACUGUGGCGUUGAUUUCAGCAGCGAGCGCUAAGUCCACUAAGAAUGCAGGUUUGAGUCAGAGCAGUGGCAACCCUUCCUCCAGCAAGGACACAUCAGACUCUGAAGAGGAGCGUGCCACAAAACUCGCUGAGUUGCAAGAGCAGGUGGGUGCAGAACAGCUCAAAGCUGUUCACGAACAGCUCGCUGCCUUCUCUGAAGUGCCUGUGAUUAAACCGAAGAACAAAAAAGAGAGGAACAAGGAAAAGGACAGCAGGGGAAAUAAAGGGAGUGCAAAUUCCAAGAGUGCUCCACAUUCCAGCUCCAGGCUCUUGUGGAAGGGAAGCAAAGACCGGGGCUCAGAUGAGGAAUCUCUGCCAAUGACGUACGACGAGAAGCACCAGCUGAGCCUGGACAUCAACCGGUUACCUGGCACGAAGCUGGCCCACGUCGUGCAAAUCAUUCAGACACGAGAGCCCUCGAUGUGCGAUGCCAACCCGUACGAGGUCGAGAUCGACUUCGAGGCACUGAAGCCGUCCACUCUGUGGGAGCUGGAGAAAUACGUCAAGUCCUGCCUGCAACAGAAGUUUAAGAAGUUUCAAAAGAAAAGCAGCAGAGCUGCGUCUCAUCCUGUCGGCAGCAGCAGUUCUUCAGAUUCUGCCUCCAGCAGCUCCAGCGGCUCCACCUCAGACAGCAGUGACUCAUGACACCUGAACUGUUUAUUUAUUGCUUCUUCUGCGACCAAAUGAGAGUUCCUCAAAAGUGUUAAACACCUUUAUUUUUGUAUUUGUUUAAUGUUCCCACAUCAUAGUUUGUUGUGUUUAGCGAGGGCUUUUCUCAUUCUCUGUAUUUAUAAAUCAAAUACUCACCACUGGCAUUUCAGACGCUAUGAAGCUACAACAUAGCCUGACAGCGUACGUCCUAAUAUCUGGGUUUCAACCAACAUCUUGUCCCUGUCGUCCAUACUGUUUAAUUAAAGGCUUUCUUCUGCUGA